GAAAGGCAGUUGGUGUGGAUUCGGUUGCUCGGUCCGGUCCCGCGGCACCAGCUCAGCCCCAUGGCUGACUCUGAGGAGUUUCGGGCUUCUUCGCCGCCGCCGCCGCCUCCCUCAUCUCCGUCGUCAGGCGCCUCUUCGUCGUCCCUCAGCAUGCCAGUGAGUUUGGGCUGGCGGGAUCCGAGCAGGAGUCACGGUCCAACCGUGGACCCGCUGGAGCAAGUGGAGCUGCAGAUCGGAGACGCGGCAUUUUCAUUAACUAAACUUCUCGAAGCCACAUCUGCGGUAUCAGCUCAAGUGGAAGAACUUGCCCUGAAGUGUACAGAAAAUGCACGUUUCCUUAAGACAUGGCGGGACCUCCUGAAAGAAGGCUACGAUUCCCUGAAGCCCAACAACUGACUUGCAGAUGUGACGCUUAAUGACUUGCACAUGAAAUAUUUGCACAUAGAGUGCAUGUAUGGGGCUGCCUGUCUCCGGACAUUUAUACAGAGAAUGAAACUUUUCUUGGUAUUCUGGACUUUGUGAAAGCAGAAUACUGGGCUCUUACAUUUGCUUAUGUGUUUUCUCUGAUAUGGCAGUAUUUACCUUAGAUGCUUUCUGCCCUCUAAACUUUUGUCGACUCCUUUAUGAGAGCUCAUUCCAUCAGUAAGUAAUUGUCACAAUAGUGCCUCCCUGCAGCCAGGUCAUUAUUUGUUUUGUGAGAAGAUGACAAGAAUGCUUAAGUUGGGAGUUGAGCUUGGUGAUGAGGAUUUCAGGUACGUAUGUGGUCCAACUCCAUAGGACACCUAUUCGAAAACUGGUGGUGGCACUUUACCUCCUUAUCCCAGUUCCUACAGCCAGGUCACAACACUCACUGUCUGUGAAGAAGAUGAAUUAAUUAAAAGCUACUUUUGAUUCCUGUCUUUUAGGAUGAAGACUGUUUCUCUAAGAAAACUGUAUGAAUCUAAACUUCAUUGGCUUGAAGGAAAAAUUCUCUCUUUCAUUCUCUCUAUUUUAAUGGGAAUCUGACAUUUUUUCUGUCUUGAAGCAGUCUUCCUGGGAAGCCCAGGCUUCUGUCUUAGGGGCCGGGACUACUGGUGUGCAAGAGUUUU